GCGUAACGGGACUCUCCGGGAGCAAAGCGGCGCGCUCGCACCGCUCGGCUCCUGGGCCUCCUGGACACGGAGGCGGCGGCGGCCGGAUCGCAGCGCUGAGCGAGCGUCCGGGAAAGGCGACCGCAGCCCCGGUGUGCGGCCCCACUCCCUGUCGCUACCCCAGCUCGGCCACCCCUUAACCAUGGCUCUGGCUGACAGCACCCGUGGAUUACCCAACGGGGGCGGCGGGGGCGGUAGCGGCUCCUCGUCCUCCUCCACGGAGCCGCCGCUCUUCCCCGAUAUCGUGGAGCUGAACGUUGGGGGCCAGGUGUAUGUGACUCGGCGCUGCACGGUGGUGUCCGUGCCCGAGUCGCUGCUCUGGCGCAUGUUCACGCAGCAGCAGCCGCAGGAGCUGGCCCGGGACAGCAAAGGCCGCUUCUUUCUGGACCGAGACGGCUUCCUCUUCCGUUACAUCCUGGAUUACCUGCGGGACUUGCAGCUCGUGCUACCCGACUACUUCCCCGAGCGCAGCCGGCUGCAGCGUGAGGCCGAGUACUUCGAGCUGCCCGAACUCGUGCGCCGCCUUGGGGAGCCCCAGCAGCCUGGCCCCGGGCCACCACCGCACCCCAGGCGCGGGGUGCAAAAGGAGGGCUCGCUGGGAGACGAGCUGCUGUCGCUCGGCUACGCGGAGCCGGAGCAGCAGGAAGGCGCCUCCGCCGGAGCGCCGUCGCCCACGCUGGAGCUGGCGAGCCGCAGCCCGUCCGGGGGCGCAGCGGGUCCGCUGCUCACGCCGUCCCAGUCGUUGGACGGGAGCCGACGCUCGGGCUACAUCACCAUCGGCUAUCGCGGCUCCUACACUAUUGGGCGGGACGCGCAGGCGGACGCCAAGUUCCGGCGAGUGGCGCGCAUCACCGUGUGCGGCAAGACCUCGCUGGCCAAGGAAGUGUUCGGGGACACCCUGAACGAGAGCCGGGACCCCGACCGACCUCCGGAGCGCUACACCUCGCGCUAUUACCUCAAGUUCAACUUCCUGGAGCAGGCUUUCGACAAGCUGUCCGAGUCGGGCUUCCACAUGGUGGCGUGCAGUUCCACUGGCACCUGCGCCUUCGCCAGCGCCGACCAGAGUGAGGACAAGAUCUGGACCAGCUACACCGAGUACGUCUUCUGCAGGGAGUGAGCUCCCCAGACCCCCUCGCGACUCCAGCGCACCCAUUCCCCUUUCUUCCUACCCAGGAGAGGAUUAUAGAUCUCCCCUUCCACCCCUUGCCCUCUUAUUCCCCUGGCCCCCACCUCCAAUAGCUGCGCUGGUCCCCCUUGUCCCCACUUGAGAACUUGGAGCCGCAAAGCCUUUUGGCUUUUUCUUUUGUCUUCUUUGGACCCCACUAACCGAGAGGGCCCGGAUGUACCCGGUCCACCCUAUGCUUCCUCUGGCCCCUCCCUCUCCCGAAUUAUCCUUCAGUCUGGAGCUAGUGGGGUAGUGUGGCGCCAAGUCACCAAGUACCUGGGAAUGACUGAAUUGUUCAGAACCUGGUUGGAUCCUGUCCAGUGCGUGGAAGAUUUCCUUGAAAUCUUCUCCAGCACUUCGGACUCAUUCGAGGUUAAAGAGAUCGGAACUGAUAAUGCUGGGAAGAGUGGUUUUGGCCCUCUGGAGAAGUAGGGUUUUAGAAGGCUGGAUGGAACACUCGACCUGGAAUUGGGAUCCCACGGAGGCAGUUCAGUGACUAUAAAUGAAUAAAGUUUGGAAAAGUUACAGGUACAUGUAGGAGAAGAAUCUAGUGCUGGCACAAUGAAGGAUCAUAUCUUCUCCAUGCAGAAAUAAAGGUCUUCGCCUGUGGCUGAAACUUGGAGAAAGUUACCUCCCGCCUGAGGAGGCACCCUUUUCCCUCUGCUCACUGCCAGAAGCCCUUGGUUGGCCUGGUUGACUUAGCAGCUGUUGGCAGGCAAGAGGGAGGAAGAGCCCUGCCGCUGCCAGGGGCCGGGCAGCCCAACUCACCGAGGUUUCCGGGGAAGGCAGCCAGCAGUGACGACAUGGAGCUGGGUAGUAGUGCACGUCGUGGGGGUUAGGAGAGCCCAAUUAUUCUUGCAGUGAAUAGCGGUAGGACCUUAGCUCUUAAGACUUGGGGGGUGGGUGGGAGGGAGGAAGGAAGGCAGAGUGGGUGGGAAGGGAGGAACAGACACGCUCAUUUAUUAUUUGAAAGUUGGAAGUUUGUACCAUCCCUUUGAGUACAUGCACAUUAAAAAAGGUAGUACGCGAAAACCACACAAAGCAUUUUAUAAAGAUUAAUAGCAUCUACUCUUUAGUGGCAGUUUAUUGAACUGUUUUGAGUCCUAAACUUAGAAGUUGCUAAUACUUAUAUAACCUAACCAAAGAGUUACCCAGUAGGGUUUUAGUUUUUGAACUUUAUUUUCUUGUUGAUUAUGAAUCCUGAAUUAAAACUCUAUUUACUUGAGCAAAACAUAUAUUUGAUUUUGGUUACUUACACUUAAGGUCUCUUAUUAAAAAACCCUCAUUUUUCUCCAAGCCCAGUCCAUGUGGACUUCUGGGCAGAUCUGAAAACCAGAAAAUGCCACUUCUUUCAUGCAGAUUAUUUGAAGUUAGGGUGGAAUCUUUUUGAGUGACAGAGCUGCAGAGAAAUAGGAGCACCCACGGCUGCCCACCUGUAGAGAGCCGUAAAAUGGAGUCUCUCAAACUGAGGACCAGUAGUUAAAAGUGAGUUGAGCAAUACAGGGGUGUUCAGGGUGACACAGCUGAAGCAGAAGGAGACCUGGUUGCCUUAUGCCUUCCCCGUAACACGGAAUAAAUCCCCACUGCACAUUGUUAUCUGUCCCGUGAGUGACAGGAAGUGAGUCCUUAUCUUUCCUGCUCUGAGGCUCCUUUGAAUACUCUAUGAUGACGGGAUAUUUUUUCAUUUGUUUCAGCAUUUUUCUCUGGAGUAUGUUUUUAAAGAUUUUGUAAGAAUGUCUUUUCGGUGUUUAAAUUAGCGCUGUUUUUCCUUCUUUUUAAAAAUGAAUCUUGUACUGUAUCUACCUAUGUCCAUAACAGAUGUUAAGAAUUGGAACAGUUUUGUUCUUAGACUCAUGUGGUCCAAUCUGUAUAUACCAUAUAUAAACAUUUUACACGAAUCAUUUAGUUUUUUAAUUCACUCACUAAUGCUGUGUAAUUUCCUAUAUUUGCCCCCACUAACUUGCAUCAGAUGGUGUUUAUACUAAAGCAACAUGUUUUGAUGAGUUUCUUACAUCCUUAUCUAUGGGGACAUUGGGUUAGGAAAAAAUACAUAAAUUAUAAAACUGAUUGCUCCAUCCUUUUUUUUUUUUGCUUGGAUAUUAGUUGUAUACUAAUAAUAUGUUGAUUAACUGUCUAUUUAAAUCAAGGUACCUGUAUGUUUAAUCCACUACUUUUUUUUUUAGAGAAAGAUUUGAGGUCUUUUAUUGUAGCUGCAUUUUUAGAAAAGUCAAGUUAGUUUUGCAUACAAAGACUGUAAUCAUACAGGAAGUGGAAGUAGAAAUCCAGGAAGCUGUGCUUGCUUUAGUGUUGAGUGUGUCCUCAGGCUAGGUAAUGCAUCAGAACUCAUCUCUGUUUCAGGCCCGGAACGAUGUAGGAAUGUUGCUCACAGGCCGAAAGAGAGUGCCACAGAGACUUCUCUGCCCACAUGGUACUCUGUUGGAUUGCUCAAUAAAAAUCACGUAAUUGAGAACAUCUUAGAGGGCCAGAUCAAAGCCACCAACAUAUGGCAAGACUCUGAGGUUCUGAUUUGCCUUGUAAAAUCGGCACAACUCCAGGAGUAAUUCAAAACUGCUCAAGUUUUGUCUCUGCCACGUCAGUCAUAAAUUUCAUCUUGUAAAACUUUGAGUUGAACUAUUUCAUACACAGUUUACCCCGCCCUGCAUCUUUGCUGUCCUGCAAUGCUUCUCUGACCCCUUUCAUUAUCUGGAAGACUGGGAGUUUAGUGGUUAGAGACAGGAAAGCAACAUCUUUUUCUAGGGAUGACCGUCCCCUAUAAAGUUGGAAGUAGAUACUGGAACACAAUUUACUUUUAGCCCAAAGUAAGGGCUGGGUGGGGGACUCAUUGUACACUGGGUAGAGAGUGUAACUGAGCAAGGCGACUUGUCGUGGGCACUUGUGGGGCCCUCCCCUCCAUGUGCUUCGGGCCAGAGCAGGACCUUAGGUGGUCUACAGGGUGGGCUGGAGUGUGCGUCAGUUGUCACCUAUGAGCUUGGAUGGGAUAUUGAGGGCAUUUGAACAAACCCUGUGAAGAUACCAUCCAAAUAACUUGGGAGAAUGUCAUGGGUUAUUCAGAUAAUUAUGACUGCAUUAACCUGGCUCAGUGGAGCACACAUUUAUAUAUGUAAUGGCUCUAAUUACCAUCUGAUUCUUAAAUACAAUUGAUUGACAUUAGACUUUAAUAACACUGAAUUUUUUAAAUAAAUAAUUAUUGGUGGUGGUUAAGAAACCAGGUACCAUGUUUAAUGCUUUUGUGCCAAGUGUUUGCCACACUGUCUGUUUUUAAUACAUGUGGAACAUGGACCCUGUUCCUUCUAACUGUUCAAAUUAUACAUUGCGGAAAAUACUCCUUGAAGGUGUGAGACUUUAAAGUGUUUUCUCCUUCAGCAUUGUUUUUAUUCUUGUGCUUCUUAUUUGACUUUCUGCAUUGAUGGCAAAGUGAUAACUUAAUAUAAGCCAAGUCUGUCUUCUCUUUCAAGCCAGCACCAUAUAUACGGGGGCUGUUGCUUCUCUGAGGAAAUGUGUAACCUGUGACUUCCAGACAGAGUGGGCAACAGGGGGUGCUCCAAACAUGGUCCAAUUUUCAUUGGAGUUUUCUAGGGAAUGUUAUUAUUACAUUGAAGCCAUGUAAGGUGAAGCUUUGAUAAUUUCUUACUUUUUAAAUUAUAGUAAACUCUACUAUUCAAAUGUUUUUGUAUUCCAUAUGAAAAAUGCCAAAUUAUAGUGCAGGUAUUUAGAAUAUAUUGACUGGAGGGGCUGAAUUCCUGAAGAAUUUCUUUUACAGUCUAAAUCAUAAAUGCUUUUCUCAGUUGACUUAAAUUUCUAAAAUAGUAAACUGAAUGUUUGUAUUGUAGCCCUACCAGAGUAAAUCCUUUCGAAUUUUGUUUUUUGGGGAUUUUUUUCCUUUACUAUAACCCAGUUAAAAACUGGAUUAGUUUUCUUAGAUGACCGAAUCUGUCUCUUGAGAAAUAAGUAAAAUAGUCUUGUGUUUCCAGGGACAAUAGCACCUGAAACAGGGUUUUGCAGAGCUGGGAACAGUUUAUGUUGAAGUGACCUUUUCUUUGCCAUAAGUUUGGGUAAUAAAAAUAUAAAAAUAUUAACAUUUGCAGAUUUAGAUUUUCUACUGGGACCCUUGAAAUUUGUAAGAAAUUCAACCAGACUGUCUACAUUAGAGUAUAAUCUUUCAUGGUAGGAAAAUGGACUACUUUGACCAAGAAUUCUUGUCACCUUAUACAUUUUGUGAUUUUUUUCCCCAACCCAAGUUUUUUUUAUUUUAUAUGUGUUUUGACAUAUAUAAACAUUAAGUGUAAUGUAAAUUAUUAUACAACUGUCUUUGUGACUUUAUAGGCAGGCAGAUUUUGUUAUUGGUAUUGGAUACAAAUGAUGAUAACUCAUUUGUGACCACACACAAACAGUAUUAGUGACAUUUAAUGACAAAAGGUUAAAACAUUCAUCAUGGAUGUUAAUUUUGAAGAUGUCAAUUAUGUGUUAUUUAAAAAUUUCCAGGCAUCUGAAAAACUCUUAGCUGCUAAAUAAUGUAGGAUUCCCACAGAGCUAUCUGGAAUUGUGAGAUAGUUGGAAAUAUUGUCUUUUCAUAUCAUUGGGCCUUUUCUCAAAAUAGAAGGGGAAAGGAAGAAAAGUUAAUUACAAAAUUAUCAGGCUUUUCUAAUGAGACAGAAAGCCAAGAAAAAAAAAAUCCCUCUAUAUUUAAAAAAAGGCGCUGAUGAAGUCUUUUUAGACAUGCCCAAACUUUAGAUGAGAAUUUCUUCACCCAUCUGAAUGCUCUAGAGAUUUUGUCCGUCCUGCUCAUGACCAGUUGUACAGCAGGAAGACUCGAUACUGUUUUCCUCCCUGUGUGUGCAGUAAUGAAUCAUUGAUUAUGUGACUUGUUAUGUAUUCUAUUAAACACUAAAGAAUAAAACAUUCACUCCUUGAAUUGU